AUGGACAAGCUUAACACGCUUCUCUUUUUUUCCCCUCCCCUCCUCUUUCCCUCCGUUUCUCCCCCCUCGCUCCCUCCCUCGCUCCCUCCCCUCUCUUCUCCCUUCCCUUCUGCCUGCUCGCUCCCUUCCCUUCGCCGCCGUCCCUGCCACCCCUCGCAGCCGCCCAUUGUUGCCGGCGGGGCCGGUGCGGGCGCGGGGCGAGGCCGCCUCCCGGGCCUGCCCGGCCGCGCAGAUGCGCCGCCUCGCCCGGAGCCUCCCGCCCGCCUUCCCGGGGACUGCGGAGCUGCGAGGGGAACACCCAGCGCCGCAUCCAUCGGCGGCUCCCGGGCCGCCGUCCCGCCCUGCCAGGGUCCAGCCCUGGCCCCUGGAAGGGCGUCGCUCGCUGCAGAGCUGCUGCGCACCCGAGGCCUGAGCCCGCGGAGUCAGCGUGGACAGCCCCAUCUCCAGCAGCCAGGUGGAGCAGACAGCUGGGAAAAGAGAGCUCAGUGUGUGACAGCGAGAUGGAACAGUGCCCCUUCCACCAUUGCAUAUCUGUCUCAGGCUGCCCCUAAAAAGAGAAAGGAGAAAUCUGACAAAAUGAACUCAGAACACACAAAGAGGAGCCACCGGAGAGUAAUCUGCAAGGUUUUCAGGUAUUUGCACUUUCAUAUCCUACACCAGUAAUUGUUGCACACACAUGGUAUGCUCUGCAGUUCUUGUUCUUGUUAACUCACACAAAGUGGCUGAGAAAAUUACAUAAAUAAACCAAAAGUCAUAUGAAAGAUGAAAGUUGUUUAGUCAGAAUGCCCCCAUGUAACAAAGAUGGAGCCAGGUUUGAAAAGGUAGAGUUGCAGUUCCAAGUUCAAGACACGUUGAUGCUGCUGUCCAUCACAUCUGUUAGCCAGGUCAGGUUUUACCAUCUGUCACUGCCCAGAGCACUGGUGGCCAUCUGAGAAGUGAUGGAGAAAGAGGAUCCUUCUGUGACAUCCCCUGGAGCAGAGUGAACAGCCCCUCCUCUGCUGCCGGGCUAAGGCACUGUGGCACUCCCAGUGACCGCAGGAAUUGGGUCCUGGGCUAGGCCUGCAGUGAGGCAGAAAUUCAUUUUGGUUCCCAGUGAUACCAGAGUAUGGAUGCUGACAAUGGUCUGAAAUUAGGCAUCAGGCAGCCACUGUGUCUGUGUGAAAUCAUCUCAUACUACUUUCACACAGGCUGAGAAAGCAGCCUGAGAAAUAUUAAGGAAGAAACCA